UUCAUUUUUUUUUUUACGGGUCUUCGCUUUAUUGUAACGUAUUUGAUGAGUGUUUCAUUCGCGUGUAAGUUUAUUCGACGAACGAAAUCCGAAUAAUUGAUUUAUCUAUAUUAUAGACAUUUUGUAAGUUAGGUACAAAAUCAUCAGAUUUAUUAGUUUAUACGGUGCGCGUCGUAUUUAACUACUAGUAGUUUGAUAACAGGUGUAGUACCUAAAUAAUAAUCGUAACUUCUAUAAAAUGAUUGAAGAUUAUUUCAUACAAAACGGACAAGGAAAUAAGUCGACUGCCAAACCAAGUUACUAUAAAGGUCCUAAACAUGAAUCGCUGAAAUAUAUGACCGUUGGACAUUUGAUCGACGAAGCAGCAGAAAAAUACCCGAACAGAGAAGCUAUAGUUUCUGUACACCAAAACAGAAAAAUUACAUUUUCGGAUCUUAAGCAUGAGGUAGACGAAUUAGCUGCCGGUCUUUUGGAAAUCGGAAUGAAACCAGGCGAUCGGUUAUGUUUAAUGGGUUCGAAUUCGGUAGAAUGGGAAAUCACACUAUUAGCGUCGAUUAAAGCCGGAAUGAUUGCGGUAAAUAUAAAUCCAUUGUACAUGAAAAACGAACUCCACCAUUGUCUUAGCAAAGUCGACGCGAAAAUGCUGAUCGCCCUCGAGUUUCACCCGAACCAAAACUAUUACGAGCUGCUGAAAAAUAUUGUUCCGGAAAUCGCCCAGCAACCUUAUGGUAAACCAGUUACUACCAGACACUUACCGAAUUUGGAGUUCAUAGUGAUGAAUACAGAAAAAAACUUACCCGGAGUCAUUAAAUAUUGGGACGUGUGCCAAUCAGGCACAAUAAAAUCAACGUCAUACUUGAAAAAAAUUAACCGCGAACUGAAUCCUCAUGCAAUUUGCAAUAUACAAUUUACUUCGGGGACAACUGGUGCGCCGAAGGGGGCGUGUCUGACUCAUAACAAUGUCGUGAACAACUCGUAUUUCUAUAGCAAGAGGAUGCUGCUGAUGGAAAAGGAACACCGAAUAUUGUUGCAAGUUCCAUUCUUUCACACUUUUGGGACUGUAGUCGGUAUUAUGGCGAGUUUAAAUAGUGGCAGCGCACUGAUACUGCCAGCAUUUGGUUACAAACCUAUCGAGUCUGCUAGGGCCAUCCUCGCCGAAAAGUGUACAAUAUUGUACGGGACACCAACAAUGUACAUUGAUUUGAUAAACGCUUCCAAGGAACUAUUGGAUCAAGGGCAUACGUUUACUACACCUGAAAUUGGGUUAUGCGCAGGAGCGCUGUGUUCACCAAAUUUAUUCAAACAAAUUAAAACCACAUUCAAUCUCAAAAGACUCGCGUCGAUCUACGGCAUGACAGAAGCUAGUCCCAUAGUGUUCCUUUCGAAUGCCGACGAGUCUGAGCACACGUCGUUAACUACAGUUGGUCAAGUGCUCGAUCACUCUGAAGUUAAAGUUGUGGACAAAAAUGGGAUCACUGUACCGAUGGGCAGACCAGGGGAGGUUUGGUUCAAGGGCUACAACGUCAUGCCCGGCUACUGGAACGACGAGGAAAUGACGAAGAAGGCAAUAGACGACGGCUGGCUUAGAUCUGGUGAUAUUUUAAUCUUGAACGAAGAUGGUUAUGGCGUGGUCACUGGCAGGAUUAAAGACAUCAUCAUCAGAGGCGGUGAAAACAUACAACCACAAGCCAUCGAAUACUUCUUGGAGUCUCAUCCGGAAAUUAUCCAAGCACAGGUGUUUGGAAUACCAGACGAGAGACUCGGCGAAGUAGUAUGCGCUGCUAUAACGAUUACAAAAGGAUCCACUGUUGACGAAGAAACCGUAAAAAAUUAUUGCAAUGGCAACAUCGCAAGAUUUAAAGUUCCGAACCACGUUUUGAUCAUGGAUGACUUUCCGAAAACUGUCUCUGGCAAAAUUCAAAAGUUUAGACUUCGGGACAUCAUGCAGGAUUAUAUAAGAAAUAUGAAAAAUCUCCAAUGAUAUAUAUUUUUGGCUCGGCCGCGCUUAUUAGAGUGAAUAUUAUUAAUAUUAGUCUUAUAGCAAUUUUUAUCGGAAACACCUAUAGCUGCAAAUUAUGUGUUUUUUUGAGUUCAUAGAGAGAGUGUGUACGGUCGUUGAUUGACGAUGAUGGUCAUUGUUGAAACAUCAAAAAGAUAGUUGCAUAAUAUUAUGAACACACGAAGUAUAAUUAUUUAGUUUUACAUAUAUUAUUACGUUGUAUACCACAAAUGAUGUGUAUUUAAAUACAGUUAAAUAUUGUAUUGUAAUAUAACAAUAAUAUAAUAUAAUAUACGUAUGAGAUCUAUUGUGUA